CGUUAUAAAGUUGAGGGCAGUGUGGUACAAAAAGCGCGUGGAACGUCCUUGGUUACGUGUAGUGUGUAUUGUACAUGCACAUGUACAUGUACAUUUGUACAGUGUACAUGUACGUGUCAGUCACGUACGUGUGAUUGUCCGUUUCCUAUUAUUGCUGCAGUUAUUCAUAGAAACCGCCCGAGCGAGUGCUCACGGACAACCAAGCCGACCCCCUUGGUAGGCUUGACCCCUAGGCAGGCUUGUCUAAUGUGUGUAUGCACACAAGCACACAUUAUAGUUUAAAGCAGAGAGAAGUUGUGGCUCAUUUACGGAAAGUUCCUCGUCCUAACCUAACCCCAAGAUGGUCGUCUCGGCAGCAGUUGGUGGCGGGGCAGUCACCGGUGUCUUCACCGUCACGGGGACAACGAUCGCUCUGGGGGCAACUGUGUUAGUGCUCGUCGUUCUUCUCGUACUGUGUCUCGGAGGGAGUAGCGGGGGCUUGGGCGCGGAAUCUCCUCCAGUGGCGCCUGGUAAACGAUGUGUCUCUGGCCACUUGGGCAUCAUGACAGGGGCCCAGCCCUCCUGGAUCACUCUCAAUCAGAUCGGGAAGGAGAAGGGUGACGUCAUGUCCUUGAAGGUCGGCCAUUGGGUGAUCAUGCUGAACACCUUCGCGGCCAUCAAAGACGCAGCCGUCAACUUCGUCAAGGAGAUGGGUUCUAGACCAAGUAAUUACACCACCAACUUGCUUAGUGAAAACGGGAAGGACAUUUCUCUGGGGUCGUACGGUCAUGACUGGCUUUUACUUCGAGAAAUGGGCAUAAAAAAUCUCAGGGAGUUUACCGCAAACAAAAAGCUGGAAGAGGUCGUUCAUACUGUCUUGAAGAAGUUGGCGGAGGAUUUGGAUAAGAAAGAGAACCGUCCAGUCAAUGUCAAGGACAUCAUGGUACCGGCGGUGGCUGGUAUUCUAAGCCAUUUGUGCUUUGGUUUCGAUGCCGAUGCCUCCGUUCAUGAUCGCGUCGCCAAGUUGUUCGCAGGCGGUCUGUACAAGUACAUUGUUGGGCCCCGCUUGCCUGUGGACGUCAUCCCGUGCCUGCGGUUCUUCCCCAGCAGUGCACUCCGGGAGGCCAAUGCGACCGUCAACGAACUGAACGGGCUGCUGCGCUCGGAGAUGAAACGACACGAGGAGAGUCUAGACCCAGACAAAACCCGUGACCUGAUGGACGGCAUAAUCAAAUGCAGAAAUCACGCCCGAGAGACUGAACCCGACAAGUACGAGUUCCUCACCGAUACCCAUGUCUACCAAGUUAUCUCCAACUACCUUGGCGGAACCACUGCCGGCUUUCUGGUGACCUCACUGACCGCCGCAGCUCUCCUAGUCAGCAACCCGGAGCAGCAGGAGAAGUUCUCUGCCGCGGUGACCAACGAGGUUGGCGAGGACCGAAUGCCAGGAGUGGACGAUCAGGAGAAGUCGGUGUACGUCCGUGCCGCCAUCGAAGAGAUCCUCCGUUACGCAUGCAUUGCCCCUGUCGGCGUUCCGCACAGAACCACACAGGACUUCACUUUUCGUGGGUUUAAAGUUCCGGCCAACACGGGAGUCUUGGCCAACUUCUACGGCCUUCACUUCAACGAAAAGUAUUGGCCUGAGCCAUUCAACUUCAAGCCAGAACGCUUCAUCGACGAGAGCGGAAACUUCAAAUCAAAUGAGCACAUGUACCCCUUCGGAUUUGGGGCACGUGCGUGUCUGGCUCAGACCCAGGCUCGGCAGAUGAUGUACCUCAUUCUCAGUUGGCUGACUCACCGCUACGCUCUAUGCCGGGUCCCUGGGGAGGAGAACCGAGAUCUGCUCCAGCAAGAUCCGGCCGUGAAAGUUGCGAAGGCUGUAGCACCAUUCAACCUUAUUUUAAAGCGCCGAUUUUAAGGUUUUAUGAGUUCGAAGAGAGGAAAUGCACGACCGAGACAGAACAAAAAACCGCUGAAAAUGCCCCGUUAAUACACCGAACAGUUUUUGACGAGAUACCUUUGCGCCAGGGGCGUAUCCAACUUUUGGUAAGGGGGGGGGGUUAAAUCAAAAGCGAAUGCGGCUCAGUUGAUUUCUAAGGCUUUUGUUGCCAACAUUUUAUGUAAGUAUACCAAUUACUUUCUAUCCUAAUCACCUAUGAAGUAUCAGUUAUUAAAAAAAAAUCGGUCGGAGGCAAGUUGGAUAUGCCACUGCUUUGCGCAGUUUUUCACAAACAGAAAUUGACACCGUAAAAUUAGUGUUCAAAGUAACCAGACGGCUGACUUGUGACAUGUUGAUAUUCUUUUUAGAGGGUUUUGGUUUCGUUUCGUUUUGUUUUUAGGUGUGUUGUUAAGUAGUGUGGCUCGUAGAAUUCAUGGAUAAUAGACCGAUCCAGUAAGCCUUUCCCACUGCGCACGUGGACACUUUACAAGUGCUCUUCUCCAGUACCACACUACAUGUUCCAGCCGCGCGCAUGCAUGGUGGAUUCUUUGUGCACGCAUGUGGGACACAAAUCACGGCUGUGAUUUGUCAGAAGACAAGUGGGCAGGGCUUAAUUAAUUAAUUAAUGGAUCGGUCUAAACAUCAACGGACCGUUUUACAGAAGUGUGCAACUCCGAGCGGCUCCAGUUCAAAAUCACGUUCGAUCUCUGUUCCAUGUGGGUUCCCGAUUGUUCUCAACUUCUCAUAGAGCAUGCGCUCUUCAUGAGCUGCAGUUUACUCUUUUUGUUUCGACGAACUAGUUUUCUUAAUCACUUUAGAAAACGGAUACGUGCUUCGAUUUCAAUCAGGUCUGUAACCUUUUUCUUGCCUGCUGAGGAAACGAAUGUUUUUUUCAGAGUGAUUAGGUCCAUCACAAGUCCUGAUUGCCGUUCACGGUUAUAACGUAACACAUUUUUCUGGAAAGUCGCUCAAUAUUAUUGUUUCAUUUUUUCUUUGGGGACGUAGGACCUCGUUGCAAGUUGAAGACAACUUGGUUGUGUUUUUGACUAGUCUUAUCUAAUCACCGUAAAGUAUUUUUAAAAUAAGAAAAUAUUGAAGUAGUUUUUCUGUCCACCGCCUUAGAAAAUAUUUGACAGUA